AUAGUAAAAUUUAUACAGUAACUUUAUACAGCAGCAGCAGCAACAUGUCUAAAGAACCAACGAUAUUGGAAAGUUCGGAAACUGAAUCGUAUCAUUCAGACAAGAACAAGACAUGCUACACUGAGCUUUCACUCGAUGAGUUGUUCAACAAUUUACAGCAGGAAACAUCGGGAAAGACCAUAGCAGAAGAAUCCGAUCAGUUUACGAAAAUAGAAACUUCUAUCAAGAACUUGCCUAAAAUCGAAUCCAACUUGGAAGACACAUUGAAAGUUGUCAAGAAAAAAGAUGUUAUAAGGAUAUACGACCCCGUAGCAACCGCUGUCAAGACCGACAACAAGGAGCAGGAAACAGACAGCAGAUGGUUCAAUAUGAAGCAACCCGAACUCACCCCUGAGAUAAAACGUGACUUACAAGUCAUAAAACAGAGAAGCGCAUUAGAUCCAAAGAGACAUUAUAAGAAGGAUAAAUGGGAGAUACCAAAGUAUUUCCAAAUGGGGACUAUUGUUGAAGGUAAUGCCGAGUUCUACUCCCGAUUAAAGAGAAAGCAAAGAGGGACUACCUUGGUUGAAGAAAUCUUGCAUGAUGAUGACACAAAGAAAUAUUUCAAGCGUAAAUACUCUGAGAUUCAACUGGCAAAAACCAGUGGUAAAAAGGGACAUUAUAAAAACAUCAAGAAACAAAGAAAGAAGUUUUAACUUGUUUAUCGGUAUAUAUUUGCAUUUAAUACAAUGGCUGUACUUGGUUUAACCUGUUCUAUUUAUAAGUUUCUUUGGUUGUUGCGUAGAGUAUAAAACUACAUUGCAAUAGUUAUGCAUUUAAAUUGUCGUUGAUUAGCAUUACAUAGAAGGGUCGUUACAUAGCUAUAAGUCUACUCCAAUCCCGCUCGUUGGAAAACAUCCAGACGAACCUUUUCCCACAAUUGUUUCUUAUCUUCUUUAGAUAACUUGACUUUCUUGCCUUCGAUAGUUCUUAAUUCCAUCUUUAGUUGGUCUAAUCUUAAUUUAUAUUCAUGAGCCGUGGUAGCAGCAGCGGCCAAAUUGAUUAAAUAAUUCCGGAUGGCAAUUUCUUUAAAUUUGAACUUUAAAAAUGAAUGUUGAUGUUGGCUUAUUCCCUUGCCGCUAUUUAUUUGUAAUAAUCGGGAUUGCUUAACGGAUAUUUCUGCUACUGAUUUCUUAAAACUGGUAUCGAGGUUAUGUUCUUGGUAUAAAUUGGAUGUGAACAAGGUAUAGAUUAAUUCCUUGUCGGAUAUAUGCGGUUGUAUUAAUACAAUAUGACAUGAACUGGCUAAGUCACCAAUUAACUGUGGUAAUGCAUUUUGAUUAUAUUGAAAAUCAGGUAUGGUCGAUAUAACUGGUAGUUGGGUAAUUAUUAAUUUACAGCGAGUAACAUUCAAAUUCCAAUCAAUUAACGAUUCACUGACGUUUUGAUAUUGUAAGUCCGAACCAAGUGAUAUCUUGUACAUUUCUUCUGGAUCGAGGUCGUCUCCUACAACCGGCUUCUCACUAGGUUGUUGCUGUUGGAAAUGCGACUCAUGCAAGGCAAUAUCGUUGACUAAUUGUUCCACCGUGGUCGAUAUUGGUUCCAGAUCUUCUGGUAUGGUGGCGGUGGAGCUAGAAUAUAUGGAAGGAGCUGACCGGACAGAUCUUUUUCCCGAUAUGCUGGAGAAUAUGCUUGAUGACGAACUUCGAUGCGACAUUUGAUACUUGCUGUUGUGGUUUAAUGGCGGGGCCGAUCGUAUUGAAGCGGCACCGCCGCUUGCUCCACCUCCUCCUCCUGCUCCUCCAUUUGCAGGAGGUGAUGUUAUUACUGACGGUGGUAAUUGUUGAUAGAUGGCAUUUCUGGCGCUGUCUCUAAAAUGGGAUGGUGUCAGCGUCUUCAGACGAUUAUUGUUUGAAAAGGGUGACCCGUACAUGGUGUGCGUAUGUUAUGCUAUGAGUAUGCCAACGUGUAUAUAUGCAAUAGAUGAUAAAUAUCUUAUGUACUGUUAUAUGAAGUUGAUAUAUUGAUGGAUUGUGUUGCUGGAUAUAAACUAUGAAUAUAUAUAUGUGUAUGUUGAUAUUAAUACU